GGGUCCCGGGGCCAGGCCUCGCAGGCCGCUGGGAGACGGCGUCGGUGCUCCAGGCGAGCGAACAAGCCGAAAGGCUCGCUCGCGGGCUGGGCGGAGGGCGGGGGCAGGACCGUGGAGUGCGGGCUGCGGCGCAGAUGUCAUGUGGCCUGUGCUUUGGACCGUGGUGCGUACCUAUGCUCCCUAUGUUACAUUUCCUGUGGCCUUCGUGGUCGGGGCUGUGGGUUACCACCUGGAAUGGUUCAUCCGGGGAAAGGAUCCCCAGCCUGUGGAGGAGGAGAAGAGCAUCUCUGAGCGCCGGGAGGACCGCAAGCUGGAUGAACUGCUAGGCAAGGACCACACCCAGGUGGUGAGCCUUAAGGACAAGCUGGAAUUUGCCCCUAAAGCUGUCCUGAACAGAAACCGCCCAGAGAAGAAUUAAUGAAGGACACAGAGCCCCAUGGGUCCUUGUGUGGGCCAUGACUGGCCCUGCCACCAUGUCUACCCUGCUCCAGAACCCACAUUGGAUUUGCUGUGUCGCUUAUUCUGGCCCCUCCUGUACCACCCAGCCCCGCACACACCAGCCGCCCUCGUGUUGCCAGGUGGACACUCGAGCAGCCGAGGGGCCAGGGAAGAGGAAGGCCCUUGAGGGUUCUGGCCUGAAGGCUGCAUGUGUUGUAUGGUGGCCGAAACUGCUCAGGCUUCUGCGCUUGUGGGCGCGCCAUGGGGAGGAGUGUCAUGAAAUGAAUGAUGGCUGUCUGUUUCUUUGGGGAGGCACUUUGGCCUCAAGUGGGAGUGGCUGGGGUUGGGGUGUUGCCUUAGGAGGGAUGCCUACAUGCCUAGUUCCAGUGUACACUGGGAAGAAUUCAAAAAGCU